AAUCUUCGCUCGCCUCAUACGCUCAACAAAACCCACUCUGAUCUCACAUAACAAAUACCUCCCUCUUUCCCCCCUCUCUCCGCCGGAGCUCCGCCAUGGACAGCCGCCGGCGGCCUCCCAAGCCUCUUCGUUCUGCUUCUGGUGAAGUCCUCCACCGGAAGCAGCCUUCUCCGGUCGCCGACGAUGACCAGAUUCACCGCUCCCCUAAAGCUUCCGACGCUCUUCCUCUUCCUCUGUACCUGACCAACGCCGUCUUCUUCACGCUCUUUUUCUCCGUCGCGUAUUACCUUCUCCACCGGUGGCGUGACAAGAUCCGAAACUCUACGCCUCUCCAUGUCGUUACGCUCUCGGAAAUUGCCGCCAUUGUCUCUCUCAUCGCAUCGUUUAUAUACUUGCUCGGAUUUUUCGGUAUUGACUUUGUCCAGUCGUUCAUUGCACGUGCCUCACACGACGCUUGGGACCUGGACGAUGCCACGCCUAACUUUCUGAUCGACGACAAUGGUUGCCAACCGCCUUGCCCCAUCGUUCGAACCCCCAACUUGGAUCGUCAGGUUCUUCCAACAUUGUCCUCCGAAGAAGAUGAGGAUAUUAUUAAAUCGGUAGUGGAGGGUAAGGUGCCGUCCUACUCGCUAGAGUCCAAGAUCGGAGACUGUAAGAGAGCCGCCGCGAUUCGACGUGAGGCGCUUCAGAGGACGGCGGGAAGGUCGCUCCAGGGUUUGCCUUUGGAAGGGUUCGAUUACGAAUCUAUUUUGGGGCAGUGCUGCGAAAUGCCUGUUGGGUACGUUCAGAUUCCGGUGGGGAUCGCGGGUCCAUUGUUGCUCGAUGGGUUCGAGUAUUCGGUGCCGAUGGCGACUACGGAGGGUUGUUUGAUUGCGAGUACAAACAGAGGUUGCAAGGCUAUCCAUUUGUCUGGUGGGGCUACCAGCGUGUUGUUGAGGGACGGCAUGACCAGAGCACCGGUUGUGAGGUUUAAUUCCGCCAAGAGAGCUUCCGAGUUGAAGUUCUUCUUGGAGGACCCUGAAAAUUUCGAGACACUUUCCAUCGUCUUUAACAGGUCUAGUAGAUUUGCCAGGCUCCAGGGUAUUCAGUGCGCGAUUGCUGGAAAGAAUGUGUAUAUCAGAUUUACCUGCAGCACGGGAGACGCCAUGGGGAUGAACAUGGUUUCAAAAGGAGUUCAGAAUGUUCUUGAUUUCCUUCAAAACGACUUUGAUGACAUGGAUGUUAUUGGCAUAUCUGGCAACUUUUGUUCGGACAAGAAACCUGCUGCUGUAAACUGGAUCGAAGGGCGUGGCAAAUCAGUUGUUUGCGAGGCAGUAAUCAACGAAGAGGUGGUGAAGAAGGUUUUGAAAACAAACAUCCAUGCUCUUGUAGAGCUUAACAUGCUUAAGAACCUUGCUGGCUCUGCCAUUGCUGGUGCUCUCGGAGGAUAUAAUGCCCACGCCAGCAACAUAGUAUCUGCAGUAUUUAUAGCCACAGGCCAAGAUCCAGCACAAAACAUAGAGAGCUCUCACUGCAUUACCAUGAUGGAAGCUAUCAACAACGGCAAGGAUCUUCAUGUCUCUGUGACUAUGCCUUCAAUUGAGGUGGGUACAGUAGGAGGUGGGACACAACUCGCUUCUCAAUCUGCAUGCCUGAACUUGCUUGGCGUGAAAGGUGCAAGCAAAGAGUCCCCAGGAGCUAACUCUAGACUACUGGCCACCAUUGUAGCCGGUUCGGUGUUAGCAGGUGAGCUCUCUUUGAUGUCUGCUAUAGCAGCUGGGCAGCUUGUCAAGAGUCACAUGAAAUACAAUAGAUCCAGCAAAGACAUGUCAAAAGUUGCAUGCUAAACAGGUACAAAAUAAAAGAAAAAAAAGGGAAGGGGGGUCCGGGUGUGAUGAUCGAGCUACAAUUAAAGAGAGCAGAGAGUCCACUAGUCCAGGCUGUGUUGUUUUGGGUGGUGCACAUGGGAAAAUGUUGGGAGGGUUCAAUUUUCCAUAGCUGUAAUAAGGGUUUUUGGUAUCUUGUGGUGGAGGAGGAGAGAGAGACAGAGGGAAAAGUAAUAUGGUUGGGUUGGGUUGGGUUUGGUUGGGCUGUACGGGUUUUCUCUUGUUCUUUCCAACUUCUCUAAUUUUCUCCAAGUGUGAGGUGUCAGUGAGUAGGACAUUAUACUUGGCAGUGGCAGGCCAUCACCUGUGCAGAUCUCCCCACCAUCAAAAUCUGUGGUCUGUAUUUUGUCGCAGUCUUGAUUAUUAUUAUUAUUUUUAUUUUGAAAAAAAAAAAAGAGAUGUUUUUGUCUUCUCCGUUGGGAGGAGGUGUUUGUAUAAUAAUGUUUGUACUUUUUGUAGUGGGAUUCAUGUUCAAUCUAUGUCGUUUUCUCA